AUGGCUCACCUACUGCCUGAUUUAAUUUCUCAGAAUCAAGCAGGUUUUGUGAAGGGUAGGAGUAUAGUACAGAAUAUCUUGUUGACAAAGGAGAUUAUUACUGAUAUUAGACUCAGAACCAAGAAAAGGAAUCAGGUUGUACCUAAUGUAGUGAUGAAACUAGACAUGACAAAAGCCUAUGAUAGGUUGUCAUGGAUAUUUCUCACAAAAGUGAUGAGGAAAAUGGGAUUUUGUGAGAUGUUCAUAAGUUUCAUAUAUGAACUAGUUGAGAAUAACUGGUAUUCUGUGCUUAUCAAUGGCCAACCACAUGGAUUCUUUCACUCAACUAGGGGUGUUAAGCAGGGUGACCCUUUAUCUCCUACACUAUUCAUCAUAGCAGCUGAAGUUCUGUCAAGGGCCUUAAACUCACUGCGUAAUAACUUGUGGUUUACUGGUUUUGGCAUGCCUAAGUGGAGUCCAAAAAUCAAUCAUCUUGCCUAUGCAGAUGAUACCAUCAUUUUCACAUCAUCAUGUAAGAUUUCACUUGGCUUGAUCAUGAGGGUCUUGACUGAGUAUGAAGCAGCCUCAGGACAGUUGAUCAACAAAGCAAAGAGUUCUGUGUACUUACAUGAUAGGGUAGAAGAGGAGAUACUUCAAAAGGUGGAAAGGGUAACUGGUAUUUCUAGGAAGGAGUUUCCUCUGAUAUACCUUGGAUGCCCUAUAUAUUACAACAGGAGUAAGAUGGAAUUCUACUCAGAACUGCUGGCUAAGACAAUGCCUAUGCACCUAUUGGCAGCUGUGGAUCCUCCAUCUUUUGUAAUGGACAAGCUGCACAAGAUCUUUGCUCAGUUUUACUGGAGUAAUAAUAUAGGAGAGAGUGGCAGGCAUUGGGCAAAAUGGAAAAAGGUCUGUCUGCCUGUGCAAGAGGGAGGACUAAACCAUCCCCUAUGGAGUGCUUUCAUGAGCAACAAAUAUUUAAAGAAAAAUAACUCUAUUUUUGUCCCUUGGAAACAAGGGUCUUAUGGAUGGAGGAAAAUGUUGCAGGCUAGGGACCUGAUGGAUCAUCAAAUUUGGUGGCAACUGAGAAUGGGCUCUUUAUUAUUCUGGUUUGAUAACUGGACUGGGCUAGGUCCAUUAUAUUUCAUUGUCCCUCCUGAAUUUCAAUGUAAUGAAGCCGUAGAGAAGGUGUCUGAUGUAGUUACUGAUGGUAGGUGGCAUGUGACUGGCAUCAGAAAUAAUUUGCCUGAGGAUUUGGCUGAAUACAUCUUGCAUGAAGUAAAGCCACCUGCUAAACCUGAAGAGAUUGACAAGCCUUGGUGGAUGUUGGAGCAAAAUGGAGAAUUUACUGUCAAAUCUGCAUGGGAAUAUUUAAGGAGCAGAGGUGAAAAGAAGGAGGUGUAUAAGAAAAUUUGGGUCAAGGGAUUGCCAUUCAAGAUAACUUUUCUGAUGUGGAGAGUAUGUCACUUCAAAAUUCCUCUUGAUGAGGAAGUAAAGAGCUGGGGAUAUCAGAUGCCUUCCAGGUGCUUUUGUUGUGUAGCACCAAAGAAAGAGACUGUCCCUCAUAUAUUCUUGAGAAGUACCACUGCACAAGCAACAUGGAAAUAUUUUUGUGCAGCAGCUGGAAUAAAUGUUGAUGGUAUGCACUUGCAUCAGGUGAUUAUGCAAUGGUGGACAGCUGAUGUUCCAGCCAAACUUCAGAAUAUCUUCUAUGCUAUCCCAUCUAUCAUAGUUUGGCAGCUUUGGAAGAAAAGAAAUGGAGAUAACCAUAGGGACAAGGUGUCAACUAGAAGAGUUAUAUAUCAGGCUUCUACUGAUGUUCAGUAG